AUUUCAGAUUUAUUUUCAACUUAUAUUUUGUUUCAGAUUUCUUGCUACUGGAGAAUCAUUCCGUUCUUUGGCGUUUCAAUAUAGGGUAUCUCAUUCAUGUAUUUCUCAUAUAGUGAGGCAAGUUUCACAAAGUAUUGUGAAGGAUAUGCUAGACGUUUUACCACAACUAACAGAAGAUUUCAUGCGGAUAACUGCAAACAAAUUUAUGGCACUGUGGAAUUUUCCCAACUGUGUGGGAGCCAUAGACGGCAAACACAUACGAAAAAAAUCACCUAAUAACAGUGGAUCCUUGUUUUUUAAUUAUAAGGAGUAUUAUUCGAUGGUUUUGUUGGCGAUUGUCGAUGCAGAUUGCAAAUUUCUGGCAGUAGAUGUUGGGUCACAUGGCAGGGAGGGGGAUGCAGGAAUUUAUUUAAAAAGCAACAUUGGUCGCAGAAUACAAAAUAUUGAAUUCAAAUUCCCAGCGCCUCACCCUCUUCCUGAAUCAACAGAAGCUGUGCCUUGUAGUGUUGUUCCGAUACGACCUUGUACUCGAUACCUGUACUCUUUAAAAAUAUUGAAGAAAAGUAUCGAUGCCACAAAUGUAUCGGAGAGAAGUACUCGAUACUUACUCAUAUCGAACUCAUUGUAAGUACUUAUGUCAUGUGAAGAAAAACGGAAUCGGUUCGAGUACUCUCCGACCAAAACAUACCGAAAAAGUAGCCACAAGCAGUGUUGCCAGAACUUUUUCGAUGAACCGGCUAAAUUGGCAAAUAAAACCGGCU